AUGGAAGAAAACCUGAACCAGCCGCCACGUUAUCAACGCUAUAUGAAUUGGUCUCGAACAGCUACCAAUUUGACUGACAUUGUUCGGCAUGGGACAGUCCAAACUUGUCAACUCAUCCAACAAUUACGAAAAAGGAUUGACAAUAUUUUCAUCGAUUCAACAACUAAUCAAGAUACCAAUCCACCCUAUUUCUUACAUCUGAUGUGUGGCGAUGGAACAACAUCAACAUUGAUUAAAAGUUGCUUUCAACAAAUCGGUUUUGAUCGCAUACGGGCAAAAGGCAUAGAAUUAUGUGAAGAAAGGAUCCAAUUGUGGAAAUCAAAAUUAAGUUCUGAUGAUUGUAUCUAUGACUACGAUUUAAUUGAAGAAGGUUUCAAUUUUGAACAAUUUAGUGGCAAUAGUGAUACCAAUCAACAUGAUGGCCAGCGUAAUCAGCCCAUAAGUAUCUUUUGGCAAUUUAGUACUUCCUAUUUAUACACCAUGAAUGAUAAUACUUGUGGCACUCCGGCUGAAUUUACUGAUCAACCACGACUUAAAUCAGCUCUACUAUCAAUUCACCAUCAGUUAGCAAGUAAUGGUAUCGCUUUCUUAACUGAUUUAUGCCCUGGGCUGAUGGGUGUCUUAACAAGUUAUUUCUCCAAAAGAUCUUGUCCGUAUGGCACGUUAGCUUUAAUUCAUGCUUGCCAAAAGGAAGGUAUUCCCUACAGCGUUAUAACUAUGAAAGAUAUUAUACCGCUACCGCAAGUUAAUGAUAAUGUGGAAAAAAUAAUCACCGCGGAAAAAUUGGAUAAAGCAUGUGCCGACGAUCAAGCUAGACAAGUUUGGGAUAUUUUAGAAUUUAUCAGUCAUACACCACUAGAAGAAAUUGGUAUGGAGGAUUUUUUAAAAUUACAAUUUCCUGCCUUUACGUUUCAACAUUAUAAUUGGCAAAGACGGAAGCAAUACUAUCAGGGAUAUCAAUUACUGGCAAAAUUCUGCAGUCACCAAUUGCCGUUAUACUAUCAAACUAUCGUUUUAACAUCGCGUCAAGGAUUAACUGAAUUAGUUAAUCAAAUUCAUCAGCAAGUUGCUGACAUUAAUCGUCAAACAAAUGUUGAAAUUGAUUUUGAUCAAGUUGCUGAGUUUAAGAGCCAAUUUGUUGAAUUACUUGAUCCACAAGGCCCAAGUGAAUCUUCAACUUUUCAAUUUACAUAA